CUAUUAUUUGUAUGAAACAUUAGACAAUGGAAAGAAAGAAAACUUCUAAAAAACAAUUUACAAUUUAUGUAGAUUAUAUAAAAUCACAUAAAAUAUUACUAACGGGAACAUGGAGUCCUUCGAAUAAUCCGGAGGACGUCUGCCGAAAGAAGACUAGGGAAAGCAAAGCUCUAUCUGAGCUUGAGGCUGAAAUAAUUAAGCUGACUGGCCAAGGAGCAGUAACAGGGCUCGACUUGGGUGAACUAGGUCUUAACCCGAGUUGUUCUUCAACGAAAACGACAACAAAGCAGCCAGGUACUUCAUAUACUCUAGUGAGUACUGUGCACUCUGAAGAAAGAGAGCAAUCAGAUGAGGAAACAAAACCUGCUUCAUCCCCUGAAAACCAACCAUCCGCUAGUAAGGGUACAGUUAAAAAUAAAAGGAGCAGUCAGUUGAAUUUAACAUCUGUAAAGAUAAUGAAUGCAAUUAAAAUAAAUUUUGAAAGAAUAGCUUUAAGCUAUGCUCAACCAGUUAACUUAUUUUUUGUUUGUAUUAUAGAACUCAGAAGAACAAGAACUGGUGAUGUUCUUUGUAAGACAUAUGAAAGUGCGGUAAACAUUCUAGUAGCAAAAAUGUAUGAUAUAAGAGGUUGCAAAUGCCAUUAACAGAUAUUGUGAUAUAGUAGAAAAUAACAUUGAAACACACUUAUCAUUGACCAAAAAUGAAAUAUUAAAAAAAAUAUAAUUCAAUAUUUUGUUUUAGAACAUUGAGAACAUUGUUUAUUUUAGAUAAGGGAGAUAGUUUGAC